AUGGUUGUGGUGCAUAGAAACCCGACUUUUACCCCUUACCUAAGGAAGGUGACUGCAGUCGUCACUUGCCUGGCCCUUUUCAUCUGGGCUUCAACUACCCUCAGCUUUUGCGGAUCAACAGAUGACUCCAGGCCGCCCCGCUAUGCCUUUGCGACCGUUUUAACAGCUGGGAAAGACUUGGAGUUCCCUGAUAUAGAAGCGCCCUACCUUGAGGCGGCACGGCUACUCACUUUCCAACUACUUCGUAACCCACGCACCCGAACUAGGAUCGACAAUGUACCAUUUCUGAUUUUGGUCACACCCGAUGUACCUCGACAGCAUCGUGAUAUCCUCAGCAGAGAAGGAGCCACCGUGGUUCCGGUGGAGAGUCUCGGAAAUGACUGGAGCUCUUCGCAACGCCGGGAUACCACUCUCGCCAAGUUGAACCUAUGGAAGCUUGAAGAAUACGACAAAAUCGCAUUUAUGAACGUGGAAUCAGUGAUAUUCCGUCCUAUUUAUGACAUCUUCGAAGACCCUGCGACAACCAUACGUGUUGCCACCAAUCCUACCGGCAGAAUGCCAAAGAACUAUAUGAUGGCCGCACCGCAAAACUUUCGGAUGGACUUGAAUAUGCAACUCGUGUCCGGUCAUAAGUUCUCUCAGAAGAGCCGCAUGGAUGAUGGAUUCUUCAUUUUACAUCCGUCCAGAGAACUCUACAACUACUACGUUGGGCUGCGUUACAUAAUGGAUAAAGAUGACUCUGUUCAUCAUGAAGAAGAUUUCAUCAACUACGCUCAUCGAGCAGAUGGCCCUAUGCCUUGGCAAAACCUCGGGGCUGGAUGGAACCAGAAAGAUGCAAGUCAGUCUGAUUACGAGAAGGGAUUGAAAUCUAUCAACCAUAAAUGGUGGCGUCCUAUCGCAGACGAUUUUAUAGGCGAUCGCAUUGCGAUGUCGAUGGAUGAGAUGACUGCCUACUUGAACCAUUGA